CAACUGUUCAACUGAAGUCGAAUCUUUAGAGUUUAGACUGUUCAAGAGUUUUCCUAUAUAAAGAAAAUUGUUUGAAAGAAGCUUUUCUUCUAGUUAGAUCUUCCGUUGUGAAAAAAUCAAAAUCUUCUCCCCCACGUAACCUAGAUCACUCCGGAAACUCCACAAAAACCAUCUCUUUUGAUCUCACCUUCGAGAUACUAUCGAUCCUUCCGACCAAAUCCAUAUCCGAUUCCAAUCCGUAUCAAAGCUCUGGUUCUCAAUCAUCCGCAGUAAAGAAUUCGUUGACUCGUUCCUGACUAGGUCAAAGACACGGCCGCGUCUCCUUUUCACUUUCAAACACUUGGAUUCCGACAAGCUUUUCAUCUACUCAGCUCCUGAUCACGACAACGGAAAAUCCUCUCCGGGCAUAGCCAGACACGACAUGACGAUCUCGAAUUUCGUCAACUACAUCAGAUCUCCCCCUGUCAACGGAUUCGUUUGUUGCACACGUGGUUCAUCGAUCGCGGUUUGUAAUCCAACCACGAGACAAAUAGUAAAACUGCCCGAUGUUGUUACCAACGAAAAUUACAUGCACGUACGUCUCGGAUACGAUCCAGUGGAAGAUCAAUACAAAGUGUUGUUGGUUGUGAUGAUGUUCGACGGCUAUAGAACAGAUACAGAUCAGGAAUAUUUCGUUUUCACGCUAAGUUCUCAACAAAAAGAGUGGAGAAAGAUUGAAAACACCACUGGAGAAACUUAUCACAUGGUCUAUGGAGGGAUAUGCAUAGAUGGUGCUAUAUACUAUGGGGUUUCACAGUCAAUAAUAGUUAAAUUCGAUGUUAGGUCUGAGAAGAUGGAAUUCAUUCAAGCACACGAAGUAUCACAUAUCGCGCCACCAUACUAUUCCACUCUUUUAUAUUUGUCUAGCGAUAUGAUCCGUAUGGAGAAUCAUUCCAAUGAAGAGGUAAGAUUUUGGAUUCUAGAGGAUGCUGAGAAACUCAGAGUUUCGCAUAUGGCGUGUGAUGUGUGGGAUGAUUCACUUGGGAAGUACGUAAGGGCCAAGGAAGAGAUUCAUACCGGCAAGCUUAUGGGGAUUUAUCCACGGUUACAAUCGUCAAAAUAUAAACCGUUUAGUGUUUGCGUUUACCAUUUUAACAAAGUGGGGUUAAAAAAAACAGAGAUCCAAGGAAGUAACGACGAUGAUAUUAGAUUUCGUUGUGGGAUUGGUAUGCGAACUCAUGAGAUAUUGAUUUUGGAGGUUACAUUGAGAAUAUUAGGUUCUUGUGAGGAGUUUUCAUGGUUUCAUUAGCUUUUUCCCUUCUGUUCAUGCCUUGUUUUGCUGAUAAACAACAAUUUCGACGAUUUUCUUGACAAACACAUCUUUUAUAAGGGAUAACAAGAGUAGAACUAUUACAUGAAUAUGUAUGUACCAUAAAUUCAUCACCAUCUUUGUGUUGGAUAGCCAAAUUUGUUCUAAACUCUCAACCUCUUCACACUAAAGUUUCUCUCUUCCUCCUCAAAGAGAUAACUACAACAUUUCUUUGAUGAAAUCAAGGCUAAGUGUGUCCUUAACGAUGAGAAACAAUCCAAGGAAUAUCACAAGCAUGAUCCCUGAAGACAUUAUCCCUUGUUCUACCUCUACAGGAAGCUUCUUCCCUCCUCUAACAGCUUCCAACAAUAUCAAUGCCAAUGUUCCACCGUCAAGAGCCGGUAACGGCAAGAGAUUGAUCACCGCAAGGUUGAU